GGGGUGGCGGCCUGGCAGAUGCUGAGCCGGGCGAAUUCAGGGCCGAGAGAGGGAGCGCGUCGCCCAGGCUUCCCCUUCUCCUGCCGCGACCUUUGCAGUCACCGGUUGAGCCUGCGCCCAGACGUCUGGCGCCCCUCUCUAACCCUCCCGCGCCGCAGCCACCUCCUCCUCCAGAGAGUUUUCCUCCUCCUCUCUCGGUCCUCCUCCUCCUCUUCCGUUUCUCGAAGGAAAGGCUGCAGCCUCCUGGGCUCCCAUCCCCGGCUUAGGUAAUACGUUUUUCUCUUCGCGCCCCCACCCCCACUCGCCGUCCCCGCGACACUACCUCCCUGCUGCUCGGAUCUGGAUCCCCUGGCUGCGACGGCGGCGCGCGCCCUCUCGCCUCUCCGAGAGUAGCUGACGGCCCAGAGGGUGGGUGCUGUUUCACCAGCAGCUGCAGCGGAAAAGCAGGGCUCAGAAAUGUCAGAGAUCCUCCGGGAGCUGCUCUGUGUCUCUGAGAAAGCUGCCAACAUUGCCAGGGCGUGCAGGCAGCAGGAAGCCCUCUUCCAGCUGCUGAUCGAAGAAAAGAAAGAAGGAGAAAAGAACAAGAAGUUUGCAGUGGAUUUCAAGACCCUGGCUGAUGUACUGGUACAGGAAGUCAUAAAACAGAAUAUGGAGAGCAAGUUUCCAGGCUUGGAAAAAAAUAUUUUUGGAGAAGAAUCUAAUGAGUUUACUAAUGAUUUAGGGGAAAAGAUUAUCUUGAAACUGUGUUCAACAGAGGAGGAAACAGUGGAGCUUCUUAACAAAGUCCUUAAUGGUAACAAGUUGGCAUCUGAAGCAUUAGCCAAAGUUGUUCAUCAGGACGUUGCCUUUUCUGACCCAAGUCUGGAUUUGCUAGAGAUCAGCAUUCCACAGGACAUCCUAGGAAUUUGGGUGGAUCCCAUAGAUUCAACUUACCAGUAUAUAAAAGGUGCCGCUGACAUUAAAUCCAACCAAGGAAUUUUCCCCUCUGGACUUCAGUGUGUCACAAUUUUGAUUGGUGUCUAUGACAUACAGGAAUGCCUCUGAUGGGAGUUAUCAAUCAACCUUUUGUGUCACAAGACCUAAAUACCCUCAGGUGGAGAGGACAGUGCUACUGGGGCCUUUCUUACAUGGGGACCAAUAUCCAUUCCCUUCAGCAUACCAUCCCUCCAAAAACCAGCAAUGAAACACAGACUGAAAAUGCCAGCUCUGGGGUGCAACUCUCCCACCAUUUUUCAGCGGUCAUUAGUACUAGUGAAAAGGAGCCCAUCAGAGCCGCACUGUCACGCGUGUGUGGAGAGAGCAUAUUCCGGGCAGCCGGGGCUGGUUACAAGAGCCUCUGUGUGGUCCAAGGCCUGGUCGACAUCUACAUCUUUUCAGAAGACACCACCUUCAAGUGGGACUCUUGUGCUGCUCAUGCCAUAUUGAGGGCCAUGGGUGGGGGAAUGGUGGACUUGAAAGAAUGCUUAGAAAGAAAUCCAGACACGGGGCUGGAUCUGCCACAGUUGGUGUACCACGUGGAAAAUGCAGGUGCCACUGGGGUCGAUCGGUGGGCCAACAAAGGAGGACUGAUUGCAUACAGGUCCAGGAAGCGACUGGAGACAUUCCUGAGCCUCUUUAUCCAAAACCUUGUACCAGCACAAACACAGACAUAGGUGGAUUCUGACCCAGCAUACCUACAAACAGACCUAUGAAACUGUUUCCCAUUAUCUCUAUCUUUUGAAGAUAGCUUUGUCCUGUUGGUGGCUAACAUCUUCUUUUGAGGAACAUUUUUCCAUUAUGAAUUCAUUAUUAUAAUUUCAAUAAAUUAAUGACAUUCAUGAAGCAGAUAAAUUGGUGUAUGA